AUGACGAAGGACGAAAGGAACGAAGGACGAAAAGGAAGACGGACGAAGAGGACGAAGCACGAAAAGUACAAAGGACGAAGGAUGAACAGGACGAAGGAUGAAAAGGAUGAAGGACGAAAAGGACGAAAAGGACGAAGGACGACGAAAAGGACGAAGUACGUAAAGGACGAAGUACGUAAAGGACGAAGUACGAAAAGGACGAAAAGGGCGAAGGACGAAAAGGACGAAAAGGGCGAAGGACGAAAAGGCCGAAGUUCGAAAAGGACGAAGGACAAAAAGGACGAAGGACAAAAAGGACGAAGGACUAAAAGGACGAAAAGAUCGAAGAUCGAAAAGAGCGAAGGACGAAAAGUACGAAAAGAACGGAGAUCGAAAAUGACGAAGGUCGAAAAGAUCGAACGGACGAAGGACGAAAAGGACGAAAAAGGACCAAUAAGGACGAAAAGGACGAAGGACGAAAAGAACGAGGAUGAAAAGGACGAGAAAGGACGAAAAAAGAUGAAAAGGACGAAAAAGGACGAAAGAGGACGAAAAGGACGAACGACGAAAAAGAUGAAGGACGAAAAGAACGAGGACGAAAAGGACGAGAAAGAACGAAAAAAGAUGAAAAGGACGAAAAAGGACGGAAAAGGACGAAGGACGAAAGGAACGAAGGACGGAAAGAACGAAAAGGGCGAAGCACGAAAAUUACGAAGGACGAAGGAUGAACAGGACGAAGGAUGA